CAUGGUUUGUCAUUCUAGUUGAAGGCUGUUCACUUCCUUCCAGUCAUGGGGUUCUUCAUUCUGCUCUUCUUGACUGCCUUUUCAGAUGCUAUGGUCAUGGACGAAAAGGUCAAGGAGAGCUUUGCGCUGGACACAACUUCUGCCACCUGCAGCUACAAUGCCCACUAUAAGGACCACCCCAAAUAUUGGUGCCGAGGCUACUUCCGGGACUACUGCACCAUCAUCGCCUUCACGCCCAACAGUACGGACCGCGUGGCCCUGAGGGACACGGGAAGCCAGCUCAUCAUCACUGUGUCCUGCCUGACCAAGGAGGAUGCGGGCUGGUACUGGUGCGGCAUCCAGCGGGCCUUUGCCAGGGACGACAUGGAUUCUACCGAGCUGGUGGUGACUGACAGCACGGGAGGCCUGGCCCGUGAUCUCUGGUCUGGGAAAGGCCUGUCAGGCAACAAGACCAGAAGCUGCAAGGCAUCCAGAGUGGUCCGCAAGGCCGAUCGCUCCAGGAUGUCCAUUCUCAUCGUCUGCAUACUGAUCACGGGCUUGGGGUCCAUCUUUAUAAUCAGUCAUUUGUCCAAAAGAAGGAGAAGCCAAAGGAGUAGAAGGGGUAAAAUCCUCACUAGAAGCCAGAAAACCAGUCAAGCUUCUUUCCUGAUCCCCACACCUCUGUGCCAGAUGUGUGAUGAAGACGAUACUUCUCAGUUGGUUCAGAAUCCAGGUGGGGAUGGGAGCACCAGGUACCGGGUCCCCUGA